AUGGCCAACAUCACAGUCCAAAAACAUCAAAGAAAAAUGGUUCUCCAAUCUGAGGUCUAUCCUGGUUAUGGUUACCAACAGAAGGGAUAUUCUGUGCAACAGCAGGGGUACUACUCCACCAAUGACAACUACAGCACCCCUCCUCUGAGCAUGCCGGUGAUGAUCAACCCAUGUGCUACCACCCCUCAGUACCCUAACCAUCACAUGGUAGCUGGUGGAGGCUAUGCUCAGCUGCAUGAUGACUCGUAUGGCAAAAACAAGCCCCCAAAUGGCAUGCACAACACAACUGACUACUACUACAGCCAUGGCUCACAGGGCCAGAUGUUGCCUUCUAACGGGAACGACGGUUAUGCUUCUUCCGGUGGCAAACACAGCAACCCCACGGGGAACACUGGGUACACGGCAAGCUAUUUACAACAUGUUCCGCAACCUGUUCCCAGUGGAAUAGAGGCAAUGAAAUAUGAGUAUUCAAGCUCGGGUAACGAGCGUGAACGCAACCCAUUUUACUAUCAGAAUUCCAACAGCCCGCAAAAUGGCUACCCCAAGGCGGAGUGGAUCCUUAAAGGGGUGGAUGACUGA